AUAUGCCCCUCCUUCUGAAUUAAAUGCUCUUCAAAGCCCGGAUGAUCACUGCCGCGCAGCAAAACCCAAUGAAGAGGAACGGGUGAGAUAUCGGCUCUCUAAUCGGUCAUUUUCCUGAGGAGAAUAGCAGCCCAAUGACAGCUGAGAUUGAGGAUGCCCUAGUAUGAGCCGGAGGAGCAGUAGCAGCCCCAGCCUGUGGACCGUACUGCCUCAGAGUGGCCCUGCACCAUGUGAACGCUACAAGCACGCCUGCUGCUCCUACGGGGACAGUGUCUUUGUGUUGGGAGGGAGGGAGAGCCACUCGCUCAGGGACUUCUGGAGGUAUAAUGUUGUACGCAAUGAGUGGACAGAGUUGGACUGUAGCUGUGAGGCAGCACCUGAGGAGCUUCAGGAACAUUCCAUGGUGGCCCAUCAGGGUGUUCUGUAUGUCUUCGGUGGAAUGAUUGAUUCUGCGUACACUAUAUGGAAAACUCCCCUCUGGGUGUUUGAUAUUGUGAAAGAGCAGUGGGUGUCCUGGCAGGAUAGGAACCCCCCCCAGAAUCAGGUGCCAGUCAACAGGAAGGGCCACAGUGCCGUGGUGUUUAGCUCUGCCAUGUACAUCUACGGAGGAUACAUUGACAUGAGAGCCUCAUCACAGGAGUUUUGGAAGUUAGAAUUUGACACUAUGUUGUGGUCUCUGCUGGACUGUACCGAGACAGAGGUGGGUCCUGGUCCCAGACACAGCCACUCUGCCAUGACACACCUGGACUGCAUGUACCUUUUCGGGGGUCUGAGAGGCCUGAGGGAGCAGAGGGAUCUGUGGAGAUGGAACUCUACAAGUCAUUCCUGGAGCUGUCUCAACGCCACAUCAGGCCCCUCUAAGCUGGUGGGCCACUCAACUGUGGUCUACCGGGACAGCAUGCUUCUGUUUGGAGGAGGAGAGAGCCAGCACACACCCAGGAGCUGUCUAUGGAGGUACAGCUUCACCACCCAGACAUGGGGGAAGCUAGCCGUGCUACCCGGCUCCAACCCACCUCCCCACAGGAUCUACCACUGCUGUGCUGGCCUUGGCCCUAGCUACCAGCCUUCCGUGACCACAACCACCAGCACCACCCUGAUCCCCAGCACCACCAUCAGAAACAGACUUGACAGCAAGAUACGGCCGUUCAAGAACAAAUGCUUCCCAUCCUCCUCAAAGACAGAGGGCACUAUAGAGCUGGAGACGUUUAGUAGCUCGGAGAAGCUAUUGACUGAAGUGGAGGACUAUUGUAAUGGUCUAAGUGAGAAUGACACUCAGCAGUUUGGGAAUUGUCUGACCUUUGAGAACCAGGAGGCCUUCAGUAAGCAGUGGAGCUGUGAGAAUAUAGAGGAGGAUGGUUCAGGUAAACCAGAGGAGAGCCAUGAGAGCAUAGCACAAAACCUGCCUGAUUUGCUACUGGUGCUGGGGGGAAAGCCCUUAGUUAGACACACGGUCAUCUCUGUGUGGCAGAUGACAUUGGCUGACUUCUGAGCUUUGACCUCUGACCCAGAGAUGAGAGGGAUGGCAUUUUAUAAACUACAGUGCCUUGGAGAGUAUUUCCUAUUUUGUUGCGUUACAACCUGUAAUUUAAAUAGAUUUUUGGCGGGAGUUCAUGUAAUGGACAUACACAAAAUAGUCCAAAUUGGUGAAGUGAAAUGAAAAAAAUUACUUGUUUAAAAAAUAAAUUAAUAAAUGGAAAAGUGGUGCAUAUGUAUUCACCCCAUUUGCUAUGAAGCCCCUAAAUAAGAUCUGGUGCAACCAAUUACCUUCAGAAGUCACAUAAAUAGUUAAAUAAAGUACACCUGUGUGCAAUCUAAGUGUCACAUGAUCUGUCACAUGAUCUCAGUAUAUAUACACACCUGUUCUGAAAGGCCCCAGAGUCUGCAACACCACCAAGCAAGUGGCACCAUGAAGACCAAGGAGCUCUCCAAACAGGUCAGAGACAAAGUUUUGGAGAAGUACAGGUCAGGGUUGGGUUAUAAAACAAUAUCUGAAACUUUGAACAUCCCACGGAGCACUAUUUAAUCCAUUAUUAAAAAUUGGAAAAAAUAUCGCACCACAACAAACCUGCCAAGAGAGGGCCUCCCACCAAAACUCAUGGACCAGGCAAGGAGGGCAUUAAUUAGAGAGGCAACAAAGAGACCAAAGAUAACCCUGAAGGAGCUGCAAAGCUCCACAGUGGAGAUUGGAGUAUCUGUACAUAGGACCACUGUAAGCUGCACACUCCACAGAGUUGGGCUUUAUGGAAGAGUGGCCAGAAAAAAGCCAUUGGUUAAAGAAAUAAAUAAGCAAACGCAAACAUAUGGAAGACAGUACUCUGGUCAGAUGAGACUAAAAUUGAGCUUUUUGGCCAUCAAGGAAAACGCUAUGUCUGGCGCAAACCCAACACCUCCCAUCACCCCGAGAACACCAUCCCUACAGUGAAGCAUGGUGGUGGCAGCAUCAUGCUGUGGGGAUGUUUUUCAUCGGCAGGGACUGGGAAACUGGUCAGAAUUGAAGGGAUGAUGGAAGGCGCUAAAUACAGGGAAAUUCUUGAGGGAAACCUGUUUCAGCCUUCCAGAGAUUUGAGACUGGGAUGGAGAUUCACCUUCCAGCAGGAAAAUGACCCUAAGCAUACUGCUAAAGCUACACUUGAGUGGUUUAAGGGGAAACAUUUAAAUGUCUUGGAAUGACCUAGUCAAAGCCUAGACCUCAAUCCAAUUGAGAAUCUGUGGUAAGACUUAACGAUUGUGGUACAAUAGCAGAACCCAUCCAACUUGAAGGAGCUGGAGCAGUUUUGCCUUGAAGAAUUGGCAAAAAUCCCAGUGGCUGGAUGUGCCAUGCUUAUAGAGAUAUACCACAAGAGACUUGCAGCUGUAAUUGCUGCAAAAGGUGGCUCUACAAAGUAUUGACUUUAGGUGUGGGGUGGGGAGGUGUAUAGUUAUGCACACUCAAGUUCAGUUUUUUUGUCUUAUAAAACAUAUUUUACAUCUUCAAAGUGGUAGGCAUGUUGUGUAAAUCAAAUUAUACAAACCCCCCCAAAAAUCUAUUUUAAUUCCAGGUUGCAUGACAACAAAAUAGGACAAAUGCCAAGGGGGUGAAAACUUUCACAAGCCACUGUAUUUAAAAGAAAAAUGUAUAUAUUAAUAUGGAAAUGUAUCACAAAGCGUGGGUGUGAUGCAGCUGUUGAUGCAUAGCGUUCCCAUGCUAAGGUGUUAUUUAGUCCACAUAUCAGUCCCAAAUAUACUGUACAUAUCUUAAUCUUUGUUAAUUCAGCUGAAUAAUCGUUCAGUUUUAAGAAAACAAUUCAGCAAAUCUAUUUUGCAGAGAAUCCCAAAAAUAAUCAUGUUAUGUUUUAGAUAGUUUAAAAAAAGGACAUUGUUGUCAAUGUUGAACCAAGUGUUAAACCACAUUAAUUAUGAAAUUGUUUGUACUUAAACAUAUUGCAUUUUUUUAUGUUUUGUGUUUGUGAAAAUGGGAGAAUAUCCCCAAUUAACACAUUGGUUUUGAAAUAGUGUACAUAUUUUAGCAAUUACAUUUACUUUUGAUACUUACGUUUAUUUAAAACCAAAUACUUUUGGACUUUUACUCAAGUAAUAUUUUACUGGGUGACUUUUCAUUUUCUACAAUGGUAUCUUUACUUUUACUCAAGUAUGAUAAUUGGGUACUUUUUCCACCACUGCCGGUUUUGAAUUAAUCUCCCAACAAUUUUCCUGUCCUGCUAAGCAUUCAAAAUGUAACAAGCACUUUUGGGUGUCAGGGAAAAUGUAUGGAGUAAAAAGUUCAUUAUUUUCUUUAUGUAGUGGAGGAAAAGGAAAAGUUGUCAAUAAAUAAAUAGUAAAGUAAAGUACAGAUACCCCCAAAAACUACUUAAGUAGUACUAUAAGUAUUUUUACUUAAAUACUUUACACCACUGAAAACCGGUCACUAGGGGCAACAGUGAGAGCUAUUACCAUCAAAUAGGGUGUUGGGUAUGGCGGAUGAGCCCCAGCUCCUAGGGUCAAGUUUUCAAUCCCAGGGCUAGACCCUCGUUUUGCAUUUUGAGUUUUAACCCUAUCCCAAACCUUAACCAUUACCUUAACAAUUCUGAAUGAAUUCCUAAACUUAACCAUUGAAAUGUUUGUUAAUGGUAAAACAUCAGAUUCUGCAAUGACACUGAGAGCUUGUUGGUCAUUCCACCAAUUAGGUGACUUUUGAGUAGUAAAAAAACAAAACAAAAUUGUACUUCAUUUUAACAUUCUGUCAUGAAGACCAAAUGUUCAAGUUAAUAAUAAACGUGUUUUCCCAUCUUAAAUUUAAAUAAAAUACUAUAGUAAGUGCCUAUUAAAGUAAAUAUUCACCCAUUUUGAA